AUGGUUACUUUGACAUUGUUGUGUCCCGUGUUGCUGCAUGCUGUUGGUGUUCUUGGGUUUCCGGUGACUCUAAAGCUGGAAAGAUCGUUUCCCACCAACCAUGGCGUUGAGUUGAAACAACAUACGAAAAGAGAUGGUUUAAGACACCGUAGAAUACUACACAAGUAUUCUUAUCCAAAUGUGGUUGUUGGAUUUGGAGUAUUAGGAACGUACGAUCCUUUUGAUGUUGGGGAUGUACAACAACUUUUGUUUCAUAAACAUAAAAUCUGGGACAAAAAUAGUCGGGGGUAUUUUGGGAAAAACUGCCAUAUUUUAAGUUCUUUGUAUUUGUUUAGGAUUCUAUUUGUCAAUAACCGUAUUGCAUUAGGUUUCUUUCAUGAUUAG